GGCGCGGGGCGCAGCCGGCGCCAUGGGGAACUGUGUCACCCGCGAGGACUUCGAGUGGGUCUACACGGAGCAGCCCCACACGCAGCGCAGGAAGGAGAUCCUGGCAAAGUAUCCAGAGAUCAAGACUCUGAUGGGACCAGAUCCACAUUUAAAGUGGAUUGUAUCUGGAAUGGUUUUCAUGCAGCUUCUGGCAUGCUACCUGGUGAAAGACUUAUCUUGGAAAUGGAUUUUCUUCUGGGCUUAUGCUUUUGGGGGUUGCAUCAACCAUUCCCUGACCCUCGCCAUCCAUGAUAUUUCACACAACGUGGCCUUUGGGAACAAGCAGGCCAAGUGGAACCGGUGGUUUGCAAUCUUUGCCAACUUGCCCAUUGGCAUCCCCUAUUCUGCCUCCUUCAAGAAAUACCACAUUGACCAUCACCGGUACCUGGGAGGGGACAGCUUGGAUGUGGACAUUCCCACAGACUUUGAGGGCUGGUUUUUCUGCACACCUCUUCGGAAGCUGCUGUGGCUGUUCCUCCAGCCUCUGUUCUACAGUCUGAGACCACUGUACGUGAACCCCAAAGCAAUCACACGGAUGGAAAUUCUUAAUGCUUUCGUCCAGUUUUCUAUAGACCUCAUAAUUUACUACCUGUGGGGGCUCAAACCUGUUAUUUACUUAAUAGCAGGUAGUAUUCUUUGCUUGGGUUUUCAUCCCAUUUCUGGGCACUUCAUAGCAGAACACUACAUGUUCCUAAAAGGGUAUGAGACAUACUCUUAUUAUGGACCUCUGAACUGGCUCACCUUCAAUGUAGGCUACCACAUGGAGCACCACGACUUCCCCAGCAUUCCUGGAUGCAGAUUGCCCAUGGUGAAGAAGAUUGCAGCAGAAUAUUAUGAUAACCUCCCAUAUCACCAGUCCUGGAUUCGAGUUCUGUGGGACUUUGUUUUUGAUGACAGUCUUGGUCCUUAUUCAAGGGUUAAGAGACUCUGCAAGCUGGCAAAGGAAAGCUAAUGGGGUAGCUCUUCCUGCUUCAGUGGUGUGUGUUUGUUCAUUCCCAUGACUUCAGUUUUCUGCAGAAAUAGGAGGAUCUUUGUGUGAACUGAAUUAAAGUUGUGUCUACUGCUUAUGCCAAGAGGAUGGGUGUGAAAAUGAAGCAAUUUUAGGCAACUGAUUUUUUAAUAAAGGAUAUUUGUUAUGCAACCCUCAGAACCUAGAUUAGAGUGAACUAUGAUUAGGUAAACUUUUAGUCUAGGCUUAGAAUUAACUUUCUGGGACAUAUGUGCCUAAACCUAAGUUUUAGCUUUGUCUGUGAGAGGAGUGUUUGUUGUGUGUUAUGUGUGAGCAUGUGUGUGUGUAGCUCAAGACUGGUUUCUGUUGGUGCUAGAUUGGAAGUAGAUGCUCUGUGUGCACAGGACUGUGGAGGCAGGGAAGACUGGCAUGCAGAAGUAAAUGAUACUCUCUGGAGAACACAAGGGUGCUUUUAGCUCAAUGUAUUGUCUGAUCGAAUAUCUUCUGAUAAUUGUUAAUAGCGGAAAUUUUAUAUAUGCAAUGGAAUAUGUUUAUAUUUUUGUACGUCUGUAACAUUAUUUCAGUAGCUGCUGUUUGAUCUUCAUUCCAGAGCUUUGUCUAAACCUUUUUUGAAUGAAUUUCCAUUCUUAGGAUAUAAUACUAUUGCUAACUGACAGAUCUGAACUGUGGCAAGGAAAAAUCUUUUUUUAAAUCUUCCAUCUAC